UUUCUUUCUCUUCCAUAGGUGUGUGUGUUGAUCAUCAACUGCCAACCAAUAAAUCAUUUGAUGAGGCAUUCAAUAAAUUUUUGAACAAACAUCAGUACGAAGGGGCAGCGAUUGCUUUAUCACGACAUGGCAAACUUAUUUAUGCCAGAGGUUACGGGAAAUUGCAUAAAGAACACAAAAUCACCCCAGAAACGUUGUUCCCGGUUUCAAGCAUUGCCAAGAUGUUUACUGCAGUCUCCAUUCUGAAAUUAGCCGAAGAAAACAAAUUGGUGCUCUCAAAUAAAGUAUUUGGUAAAAGAGGAAUUUUAGGUCAUUUGAAACCGUGGGGCGCUCAUCAUACUGACAAACUGUUGUAUGAUAUAACAAUUGAUGAUCUGCUGCGCCACGCUGCUGGUUGGAACGCAAACAAACCACCUCUGUUUGAUCCUCUGCUGAACUCUGUAUAUUUAUCUAAAGGCUACCGUGUACCCAACAUAACUGACAUCAUGAAGUUAUCUCGACCAUUAGAACUGAGAGACGUCAUCAGAUAUGUCAUUUCCCUUCCUCUUCACGAUCGACCAGGUACACACUCAACAUACUCAAAUUUUGGUUACGUCAUAUUGGAACGAAUUAUCGAGAAGGUACAAGAGUUAGGCUACGCUGAUUUUGUUCGUAAGAACAUUCUGGAGCCGUGUGGUAUGUGGCAUACAAAGGGUAGCAUCGCUAACCACCACCAUGAUGAGAAAAACAAGAAGAACGGUGCUGUAUUACAUAUGCCGUCCAAUACCUUACAUGCUCCACCAGAACAUGCCAGAGUUGAAUGGCACUCCAACGUUUAUGAUGUAAUGCGCUUUUCUCGUUGUUUGGAUUAUUCUGGCGACCAUCAUCUUCUCAACGCGUCCGGAGUAAGAAUGCUCUUGGAGAAACCAAGCCGUGUAGUUGGACAUGUCGAUAGUUGGAUGGGAGCUGGGAUCAAUGUCAACAAACAUGGCCAUAUUUGGCAAGAAAGUGACAUGAACACAGAUGAUAUGCUCUUUUAUCAUAAAGGAUUGUUGAAGUCUAUGCAUAAACACCACAACUCAACACAUUCGUCAGCUGAUGCAUUUGUGAUGCUGUUAGUUGGAAGAAAGAACAAAAAUUUAUUCAACAAAGAAAUUUUACAUUUUGCAAAGAAUUUUGAUCUUCAUACUCCUGAUUAUUUCAAUUACGAUCUCUCAGACAUUCAAAUUGGUACUCCAGCCGAAGGAUCGCGUAUCGUUAAGUAUCAAGUACCAGAGAGACAUAUUUCAGCAUAUGUUAGUGCCAUCCGAGAACAAGACUUUAAAGUGGAAUGGAUUAGUGCUUAUGAGUUUAAAGAAAAAACCUUUUUCAGUGUUAUAGCCCACUUUAAUCCUGGUCAAACUCCAGACGCCUUCUACCUCGAACAUGGUUUAGAGGAAAAGAGACUUCUACAUUACAAGCAUGUCUACGCAGAAAGUCAUGCCUACCUGAAAUUGAUACAAACAUAUAAAAGUUAUUCACACGGAGGCACGCAAAAAUAUAUGGCACUUUUUAACAAGGAAAGCGAACCCCCAGUGGAUAUUAAAUUCGGAAUUCGGCAAUAUUCUCAAAGUUAUAAACUCUUCGCUCAUGUAUAUAACGAGAAGGGUUACGUUCCGAGGAUUCAAAGUUUUUUCCACAUAAACCACGAGCCAUUGGUAUGCUUUAUUCUGGAAAAGAAACCCAUUAAAUUUUCUAAAGAGUAUAUGAAUAUCAGUUUACGAGAUCUUAUCUUUAGUAUGAAGCUAAAUUUCAAAUCUGGCCGAGUCAUGACAUACCUGGAUUCCUCAAGCCGCUAUAAAAAACCUCGAUUUUCGGUAAUUUAUCGCAGAGACACUACCAGACAAGGUCUCUUUAAACAUAACCUUACUGCUUCAGGUGUAGGUGAAGUUAUCGCUUAUCAUUACUUUAGAGGAAGCUAUUUCCCGAAACUGCUUGUGGGUUACGUAAAUAAGAAGGGCGUUUUGCAUUAUGCCGUUUAUCUUGAGCGAAAAACUUCUUUAAAAAACAAAAAAGUGAACUAAAAAAGACAACAGAACAUCACAGACUUAUCAAUUGAAAAUAAAACAAACUAUUAAAAAACGCGGUGGAAUGUCAUUAAAAAUUAAAUUACUUAAAUGAAUACAGUUUUUUUUUAUGGUUGUAAAACAUUUUCCGCAAUUAAAAAGCAAAGAAGAUUAUUGUUACGAUUUGAGCUAUUAUUUAAACAUUACAUCGAAUGUUUUCCUCCUUUUGUAAAGAUCGGUUCAGUAGGACGUAGCUGUGAUCGUGUCUCAUCGUGUCUCAUCUAGUCAAAUACUGAUACAUCAAACUCUGGUUACCAGACUGAGCGAACCACCCCCAGUAAAUCACAAACGCGCGCGUACGCACGCACAAACACACACUGGUAUACCCAUAUGCACUCUCAUUGACACACAUAAACAGAAGCAUCCAUACACACACACAGAUACAUACUAUGAACAUCUUUGCACAAACUACUUAACGUCUGGUUUUGAUAAACGUCAUCAUAUUUUCCACCAUCAAAAUUUGUUUGAAAUCGAUGUAUUCUUUACAAAAUCAAUACAUCAUAUAAGAUCAAUACAUUGCAAUUUGAAAUAAAUAAAUAAAUAAAUAAAAUUUUAUUGAUAUUUCCCCAUAUUCUGCCAUAUUUCACGUCGUGCUCCGUUUAGUAAAUUUCUUUUUUUUUUUGGUUCGUCUUUAAAUGUAAUUCGUGUUAUAUUUUUUGUUCUUAAACAUUACGAAAAAUAUAUUUUAAACUCUUGGUUUCUUUGGAUAAAAAAUCAAAAAAAAAUCGAAGAACUACCUUUGAUAAUUCUUGGAAUUACAACAACCACUUCAACAUCAACGAUUCCUCUUCCGUUACAACAGCAAUAAAUGUAUUUGGAAUUAAUAAAAUUGUAUCCGUUCUAUA